AUGUCCGUCAAUCCAGGUGCUUUGAAACGGAAGCACUCUGAAAAGACGAUCAAGGAGCUCUUCACGUCACAGUCAAAGCCCAACCUUACUGCAGCGCCGUUAUCGCCGACGAGCAAACGCACCCGCCGAGAGAGCUCCCCAGUUGCUACUACCCGAGUCGCCACGCCUGUUGCAGCCAGCAAUAUGAGCACUGCCGAUAUGUACAGUUUCCCUAGUAAGAGGGCGAGUAUACCAGGCAAUGCGGAAGUUGUGGAUAUUGGGUCAAGUCCGGAUAACAGCCCCGCGAAGCCGAACGGACAGCGCAAUGGCAUGCGCAAGGCGGCGCCGAACAUGCACGCCAACACAGGCCCAAAGCGCUUGAUGGUCAAGAACUUCAAGCCUAUUCGCAAGGUCGAUCCCAAGGCCUUCCUGGAUCAAACAUGGGCCAAGAUCGACAAGGCGCUGGAUACCAUCUUUCGACAAGAAGACAUUGAUUUCAGUCUUGAGGAGCUCUACAGGGGGGUGGAGAAUAUCUGUCGGCAAAAUUUGGCCAAGGAUGUCAAGGAGAGACUUGUUAUCAAGUGCAGAGACUAUGUCGGUGGGAGCAUCAAGUCAAAGGUCAAGGAGAGCUUGGGCAGGACUAAUGUCGAUGUUCUGAGGGCGACAUUACAAGCCUGGGCGACGUGGAACAGUCAAAUGAAAUACCUCGACUGGAUAUUUUGUUAUCUUGACCGCGCCUAUCUACUACCACGACAUGAGUCCCUGCGCGAAAACUCCAUCAACCUCUUCCGCUCCAUCAUUUUCGAUCAUGCAAAGCUCAACAAACGUAUUGUCGAUGGCGCAUGCGACCUUGUGGCUAUCGAACGAACAGGCGGUGAUCUGGACAGCGAAAUAUUCUCCAAGACGAUCAACAUGUUCCACGAGAUGCAAGUCUACACAAGGGAAUUUGAGCCACGGUUGAUGGAGUUCAGCCAAGACUACAUCGUGAAGUGGGCCGCUACGGAGAGCAGUGAGAAGUCGUUACCCGAAUAUGUUCGCAGUGCCAGAGCACUCAUGGACCGUGAGAUGAAGCGCAUUGAGAUGUUUAGUCUGCCGAACACAACCAAGCGAGAGCUUUUGACGUUAUUGGAGGACCAUCUCAUCUCGAAGCAAGAGUCAAAGUUGGUGAACCAAGAUGAGUUGGCUGAUUUGCUAGAGCAGAACGCGGUGGAAGACCUCGAGUUGUUGUACACACUCCUCGAACGCCGCAAGCUUGGUGCGAAUCUGAAACCAGGUUUCACGAAAUGGAUCGAGGAUGAGGGUACGGCCAUUGUUUUCAAUGAAAAAGAGCAGGACGGUAUGGUAAUAAAGUUGCUCACCCUGAAACGACAACUCGAUACCCUAUGGAAAGUAUCAUUCCAUCGUGAUGCUGAGCUUGGCCAUGGUCUGCGAGAAUCCUUCGAAACCUUUAUGAACAAGACCAAAAAGACGAAUGCAAGCUGGGGGACGGACAACUCGAAGACGGGUGAGAUGAUCGCCAAAUACGUGGACAUGCUUUUGAGAGGUGGCGCAAAAGCUAUACCAGCGCAAUUGAGCAGAAAGGCCGAGAAGCCGGCUGUAGUGAAUGCUGAAGAGGACAAUGAGGAUGUUGUGUUUGAUGAAGAUACCGAAGUCAACAACCAACUUGACCAAGUGCUGGACCUGUUCCGUUUCGUGCACGGCAAAGCAGUCUUCGAAGCCUUUUACAAGAAAGAUUUAGCCAGGAGGUUAUUGAUGGGCAGAAGUGCAAGUGCUGACGCUGAGAGGAGCAUGUUGUCGAGGUUGAAGAUUGAAUGUGGUGCUGGGUUCACAGCAAAUCUCGAGCAAAUGUUCCGAGACAUUGAGCUGUCCCGAGAGGAAAUGGCGUCAUACAAGAAUAUCAGCGAGGAGCGCAAUGAGAAGCUCGGUCUAGACUUGAAUGUCAACGUCCUCUCAGCAUCGUCGUGGCCAACAUACCCGACUGUGCCAGUCAUUUUGCCACCAGAAAUUCAAGCCGCGAUAAGCAAGUUUGAAUCGCAUUACAAGUCGAAGCAUUCGGGUCGGAAACUAGAGUUCAAGCACGCCCUUGCCCAUUGUCAAAUCAAAGCCAAGUUCCCCAAGGGCAACAAGGAGCUAGUCGUAUCCUCCUUCCAAGCCAUCGUCCUCCUACUCUUCAACGAACGCAAGGAUGACGAGCACAUUGACUACAACUACAUGAAGGAAGCCACCGGAUUACCCCCCGCCGAACUAAACAGAACCCUCCAAUCUCUCGCCUGCGCCAAAAUCCGCCCCCUAACCAAACACCCCAAAGGUCGCGACAUCUCCCCCACCGACACCUUCACCCUCAACACGGCCUUCUCCGACCCCAAAUACCGCAUCAAGAUCAACACGGUCCAGCUCAAGGAAACGCCUGCCGAAAACAAGGAGACGCACGAGCGCGUGGCCGCCGACCGCAACUACGAAACCCAGGCGGCGAUUGUGCGCAUCUUGAAGGCGAGGAAGCGCAUUAGCCAUGCCGAGUUGGUGAGUGAGACGAUCAAGGCGACGAGGAAUCGGGGCACGCUCGAGGUUAGUGGGAUUAAGCGGAACAUUGAUAGAUUGAUUGAGAAGGAAUUUUUGGAGCGGGAGGAGGAUGGCUUGUAUGCUUAUAUUGCCUAG